AUGCGCAGCGCCUUCGCCUCGUUGACAUGUCUAGCUAGCCCCGUCAACGGCGACAUGCUGGAGCAAACACCAUCGCCCUUCGGGUUACCGUCGCCGGGGGCCGGCCUCUUUCGCCAGGGACGUGAACUGUGCUUGUACUUGGUAGGUUCGGGUGACCUCCACGCUGUGGCACCGGCGAUCCUGCGAGCUCCAACCCGUCGCCGCCCUGUGGGUUGCCGGUCCAAAGUCUAG